AGACCAGGUCCAGCAGCAGCACAGACCAGAUCCAGCAGAACAGACCAGAUCCAGCAGAACAGACCAGGUCCAGCAAUAGCAGAGACCUGGACCAGAUGCCACAACAAAGGCGUGUGAGGUACUUUCCUCUAAGCCUCUUAGUCCUGGUCUGUCACCCGGCCAACUGGACACUCUGGACCAUGGAGGAGCUUCUGAUACCGAAAGGCGAGGAGGAGGCCGGCUCCGUCAACGGCUCGUGUGCUGCCGGGAGCACGGAGGGGACGAUGGGGGACCAGAUGAAGACCUUCCUCCGGGCGACGGGGAAGUCGGACCUGCGGCAGAGGAUCCAGCAGUUCUGCCGGAGGAACGGGCUGCUCACCCUGUCGGUCAUCGCGGUGCUGACGGGCUGCACGCUGGGCUUCAUGCUGAGAGGAACCCAGCUCUCCACACAGGCCAAGCUCUACUUCUCUUUUCCUGGAGAGCUGCUGAUGAGGAUGUUGAAGAUGCUCAUUCUUCCUCUCAUCACGUCCAGUUUGAUGUCGGGUCUGUCGUCGAUGGAGUCGAAGGCGUGUUGUCGGAUGGGCGUGCUCACCGUCACCUACUACCUGUGGACCACCUUCAUCGCUGUGGUGGUCGGCAUCCUGCUCGUCAUCAUCAUUAAACCCGGCGUGGGAACGGAAAUGGAGAGCCACCGGCUGGGGGGGGGGCCUGUCAUGACCUCGGCCGACGCCCUGAUCGACCUCAUCAGAAACAUGGUUCCAUCGAAUCUGAUUGAAGCAACGUUUCAGCAGUACAAAACAGAUCUGAUUCCCAUCCUCAAAGUCCAGACCAGAACCGUUCAGCCCAACUUCGUCUACCUCGUCCCUGAUGAGGACGACCCGAAAGGGCGGACAGUGUACCUGGAGCUGACUCCGCCCCCAGAGAUCACGUACAAGACGAAGCCCGGCAGCAGCCAACAGAUGAACGUCCUGGGCAUCGUCAUCUUCUCUGCAACCAUGGGUCUGUUGCUGGGCAGGAUGGGAGAACGAGGGGCGCCACUGGUCAACGUCUGUCAGUGCAUCAACGAGUGCGUCAUGAAGAUCAUCAACGCUGCUGUUUGGUACUUUCCUUUUGGGAUCAUCUUCCUGGUGGCUGGGAAGAUCCUGGACAUGCAGGACCCGAGCACCCUGGGGAAGAAGCUGGGCUGGUAUGGCAUCACCGUCCUCGCAGGCCUUUUUGUCCACGGACUCGUCCUGCUUCCUCUCUUCUAUUUCCUCCUCACCAGGAAGAACCCGUUCACCUACAUCCGGGGCCUGCUGCAGGCGCUGGUGAUCGCCCUGGCCACCUCCUCCAGCUCUGCCACGCUGCCCAUCACCAUGAAGUGUCUGUUGGAGAACUGCCACGUCGACCGCCAGAUCGCUCGCUUCGUCCUUCCUGUCGGAGCCACCAUCAACAUGGACGGCACGGCGCUGUACGAGGCGGUGGCUGCCAUCUUUAUCGCUCAGGUGAACGACUACGAGCUGGACCUCGGUCAGCUGGUCACCAUCAGCAUCACGGCCACGGCCGCCAGCAUCGGUGCAGCCGGGAUUCCCCAGGCCGGACUGGUUACCAUGGUGAUCGUACUGACAUCUGUGGGGUUACCCCCUGAUGACAUCACCCUCAUCGUGGCCAUCGAUUGGAUCCUGGACAGGUUUCGGACCAUGAUCAAUGUCCUCGGGGACGCCCUCGCUGCAGGAAUCAUCGCCCACCUCUGUCGGAAGGAUUUCCCUCUCAGUGAAACUGGAAAGUCUGUGCCGUCCUACGGAACCCAGACUCCUCACAACUCCCACAGUGUCAACAUGCCAAUGACCGAGAUCCACACACACAAAGACUGCAUGUUCGAGGCGCUGGGCGACUCGGCAGGUGAGGGACACGCCCACACCGUCUACUACAACAUCUGUCAGGUUUGAUGGAGCAGGCGGAGCCACAUCACACGAGUCUCAGUGCCCAGUGAACAGGAGCGUUAAGAAGUGAUGACUCAGCACACGCAGCAGGAAGCUCCUUCUGAACAGGACGGAGACGGAUCAGGGGACCGGAGCUUCGGUGGUUCUCCUGCUCACUGAUGAGGGUGUGAGGGGUCAAAGGGCAAACCCCCCUUCAGCCCUAACAAGCUCACUUUGGGAAGCGUCUGAUGUUGAAGUGAUGAACACAAGCCUGAUCUGCACUGGAGGAUUAUGGGAACAACACGUCAUUGGAGCGGCUGCAGGUUCCUCAUCUGACUCGACAGCGCCACCUAGCAGACAGAGCCCCCUCAGGACCCCUGUCCUUUCUGGUCUCCUACAGUGGAAUCAUUAUCUCAACCUGAACUCCACUGGCGGGUUUUCACUGUAUUUGUUGCCCAAGUUCUAGUUCGGUCCCAGAUGCGAUUUAGGCCCAAAGACCUGAUGGACCGGUGCGUGUCGGGCUCGGUUCUGUUCCACAACCAGGAGACGCUUGUUCAGACGCGUUCCACACGAUGACAGCGUUCAGCCGACUGGAAGACCACGGCCGUGACUCCUGGGAUUUAUGCAGAGUUUAGAUGGAUAGUCAGUGCCGUUGUUUGUCUUUUGAACUGGUUUGUUAUUGGUUUAGGACCCAGGACCUCUGGAAACCACAGAGGCUCUUGUAGAAGACGCCCAGCCCAGCGAGGGUCAUUUGUCCAGAUGUACGGUGAAUACAUUCUGGUCCUGUUUCUUUAGGUGGAUAAGUUGGAAUGUGUUCCUCCUCUUAACUUGGACUUCAGAGCCAGAACCAGAGUCCUCGUGUCAGAUGACCGAUGAUCUGAAGAAACCACAUCAAACCUAAAGAAGCUCAACGAGUUGGAUCCACAGACUAAGAUCGUGAGCUGCUGUUUAAUCUGGAAUCUACCAACAGGAUGAACUCCUUCGUUUUGCCGUUUGUUCUCUUGUCUUAUGUUUGUAACUCGGGUGCUUACACUCACUUUGACUGGACUGUGAUUGGCCGGUUCUCACUGCUUCAGACUGACUGAAGGGUUAAAGGGAAAUCCGCCCAAUCAGAUAGCUGAAUGAAUCAAGUGCUCUUCAUCUCGCAGACUCCUCCUCCUCCUCCUCCUGGCUGGUUUGUAUUCGACAGCAUGCUGGCAUGCGUUACUUUACGUGCUUUAUUUUCUUCUUCUUGUUUUGAUUCAAUGUUUGAGUGUAAACUAGUGCUCUAGGAAUUAAUGGGAUUUCCCACUGUCUCUAGCACGAACGUGAACAGAUGCUAGUUUGAGUUGUGUUUAUCUCUUGUGACAAAUUGUUUCACUUCAUUGAUGAUCGGUGGAAACACAAACUCUGUUUGUGUAUGUGGCUCAGUUAAAGCAUCAGGUAGUGAAUAUAACUGCAGCUAUUUCAUUUGGUUGUUUUUAUUUUUGGUUAAUUGGAGAGUUGGAUUCAUACAAUGGUUCAAUCAUAUCAAUAUCAAUAAUAUCUUUAAUGUCAUUUUUGAAAACAAUUUUCUUUUCAAAUUUGAGGAUUGGCUGUUUGUCGUAACCACAGAAACUGAACAUGGACGACGUGACGUCUCCCGACAGCGAAGCCCGAGCAUCGUGAUCCUCUCCACGUUCAGGGUGAUAGAAGCUGAAAUGUUAAUCGACAGCAGAUGUUUGUGUGUUCGCUGUGAAGUGCUCCUCGACCGGAUCUCACUGUGGAGUAGUUGUGUUGUUUCCACGUGAAAACGUAGAUCUGCCUUAAUUUGACUGUUGAUCCUCUUUAAACCUCAUUGUUCAUCUGCCAACACAAACCGUCGGGUUCCUCAAACUUCACCAUGUACAUAUGUGUUGUUUUUUUAUUUAUGAAAUAUGUUUGUGUUGUUUGUUUAUUUAUAAAAUUAAAUGGUUUGACU